GUCAUGGUACCACUUGGUCUCCCGGCACGGCUCCGAGAUGAGCUACGCCAAGAACCAUCCGGUGCCCUUUGUGGAGACCGACAUCGUGGCAGGAACCUCUCCCCCCUAUGUGGCCUCAGUCGUCAUCGGCAAUGUGUACAGCGAGCCCGUCGCGGUGUCGGGUUCGAUUUGCUUCGACACCGACUUCCCGCUGCUGACGCGCCAUGUCGCUAGC